CCCUGGUUACGCCUGGUGGCAGCUGUGGGGUCUGGGGCUCCGGCGGGGGCCAUUUUGCCGUAAGUGGCCGACAGCCGCGAUUGGCAGCUGGCUUAGGCCGUGCCUCGUCUUCCUCUGCAGCUCAGGGCUUGGAGAGGAGCAGGAAGGCUGGGCUCCAUCGAGCCCUUCGGAGACGAUGGUUGCCUCCAGCCUCCGCCAGCCGAAGACCCUCCAUGGCGGCUGCGUCCACUGCGCUGCUCCUGCUGCCGCCCCUUCCAGCCCCCUGCACCUACCGCCUCCAGAGCCGCAGUCGUCCUUCCGCCCCAGAGACUGAUGCUAGUCGAGGUGGGGGCAUCAUGAGAGGAGAAAAAAACUACUGCUGCCGCGGAGCUGCAGGAGACCAUGGAUCCUGUCCCCCGACACCGUUGCCUCUGGCCUCGGCCCUCUUGAUGCCCGCCGAGGGGCUCGCUAGUAGUUGGUCUGGGUCGGGAGGUGUUGUCUCCGGGGGGGAUGAAGAUGAGACUCGGCUCCUGCAGCUCCUGCGGACCGUGCCCGAUCCUUCCGAGGCCUUCCAGGCCCUGCAGACGGCUCUGCCGCGGCGGGGCGGCCGCCUGGGCUUCCCCCGGAGGAAGGAAGCCCUGUACCGGGCCCUGGGCCGGGUGCUCGUGGAAGGAGCGAGCGAAGAGAAGCGGCUGUGCUUGCAACUUCUCUCGGACGUUCUCCGGGGGCAGGGCGAGGCCGGCCAGCUGGAAGAAGCCUUUAGCUUAGCCCUCCUGCCCCAGCUCGUGGCGUCCUUGCGGGAAGAGAGUCCCGCCUUGCGCAAAGAUGCGCUGCAGAUUCUGCACGUGUGUCUGAAGCGCAGUGCGGGCCAGGUGCUGAGAACGCUCAUACAGCAGGGGCUGGAGAGCACCGACGCGCGGCUCAGGGCAUCCACGGCUCUCGUGUUCCCCCUCCUGCUCGCUCCUGAGGAUUUGCUGCUUGGCCUCGAUCUCACCGAGGUGAUCAUAUCCCUCGCCCGGAAGCUGGGUUAUCAAGAAAUCGAGGAAGAAUCGGAGACGGCCUUCUCUGCACUCCAGCAAAUCGGGGAGCGACUCGGUCACGAGAGGUUCCAGUCCUAUAUCUCUCGCCUGCCGUCGGCCCUGAGGAGACACUACAAUCGCUGCCUCGAGUCCCACUUUGGGAGUCAGGUUCCCUACUAUUUGGAACUUGAAGCCUCUGGCUUUGCCGAAGACCCCCUUCCCUGUACAGUGACCCUUUCCAAUAGCAAUCUUAAAUUUGGGAUCAUCCCGCAGGAGCUGCAUUCCAGACUGUUAGAUCAGGAAGACUACAAGAACCGGACUCAGGCGGUGGAGGAGCUCAAACAGGUGAUCGGCCGCUUUAACCCGACUUCAACCCCUCAUUCUAGCCUUGUCGGUUUCAUUAGCUUGCUGUAUCAUUUGUUAGACGAUUCUAACUUUAAAGUCGUCCAUGGAACGCUUCAGGCCCUUCAUGUACUGGUGGUUCGGCUUGGCGAGCAGGUCCAGCAGUUCUUGGGACCCGUAAUCGCAGCCUCCGUCAAAGUGCUGGCAGACAACAAAUUGGUGAUCAAGCAAGAAUACAUGAAGAUCUUCCUCAAGCUCAUGAAGGAAGUGGGUCCUCAACAGGUGCUUUGUUUACUGCUGGAACAUCUCAAACAUAAGCAUUCCAGAGUGAGAGAGGAGGUGGUGAAUAUUUGUAUUUGCUCCUUGCUGACCUAUCCCAGUGAGGAUUUUGACUUGCCCAAACUGUCUUUCGAUCUUGCCCCAGCUCUUGUAGAUAGCAAACGCAGGGUGCGCCAAGCAGCUCUAGAAGCCUUUGCCGUGUUGGCGUCCUCAAUGGGCUCAGGUAAAACCAGCGUCCUUUUCAAAGCUGUGGAUACGGUUGAAUUGCAGGAUAACGGAGAUGGAGUGAUGAAUGCUGUUCAGGCCAGAUUGGCUAGGAAAACCCUCCCAAGGUUAACAGAACAGGGAUUUGUGGAAUAUGCAGUCCUCAUGCCGUCCUCAGCCCAGGGUAGAUCCAGCCAUUUGGCGCACGGAGCAGAUACGGAUUGGCUUUUGGCUGGUAACAGAACUCAAAGUGCACAUUGUCAUUGUGAUCACACGAGGGAUAGCAUGCAAAUUUAUGGAUCUUACAGCCCAACUAUCUGUACCCGAAGAGUAUUAAGUGCAGGAAAAGGAAAAAGUAAAUUACCGUGGGAAAAUGAGCAGCCUGGGGUCAUGGGAGAAAACCAGAGCUCCAGUUCCAAGGAUAUAGACCAGUUUUCAGCUUAUGAUUUCAUCCCAUCUCCAAAAUUAAAGCCUUCUCCAGGUCAAUCAUCGGUCAAUGAUGAUUUAUGUUUUAGCAGAAAAAGAGUAUCAAGAAAUUUAUUUCAGAAUAGUCGAGAUUUUAAUCCAGAUUCUCUUCCUGUAUGUGCCUCUGGCACUACUGGAACUCAUCAGACAAAUCUUGCUGGGAAAUGUGGGCAACACGGAUUUUCACAGUUAUCUGGUAAAACUGGCAGUGUGGAUUCUGACUUACAGUUCCUGGGAACAACAAAUAGUCAUCAAGAUAAAGUAUAUACCAGCCUAAGUUUUGGCAAUAAAACACAACAAACAUUUGGUAGUCAAGCAGAACGUACUUCAUACUCUGGUCCAAAUCCAGGGACAGGAGCCUUCAUCCUCCCAUCCUAUCCUCUCUCAUCACCUCGAACUAGUCCAAAGCACACAUCUCUUAAUAUAUCUCCAAAGAAGUCUCAAGAUAAUUCUGUCAAUUUCUCAAAUUCCUGGCCUCUUAAAAAUUUUGAAGGAUUAUCUAAGCCAACUGCACAGAAAAAACUUGUCAGCCCAAAAUCAUCUGAUCCUACAGGAGAAAAUUCUCAAGAAAAACCUGCAAUUCAGCUUACACCUGCUUUGAUGAGAUCGCCAUCUUCCCGUCGAGGACUAAAUGGGACCAAGCCAGUCCCUCCCAUACCCAGGGGAAUCAGCCUUUUACCUGAUAAAGCUGAUUUAAGCACAGUAGGACCCAAAAAGAAAGAGCCUGAUAUAAUUUGGAAGAGUGAAAAAGAUAGCCUUAAAAUUGAUCUUUCAGAAUUAAACAUCAGGGAUAAAGAUUUGGAUCAAGAAGAGAUGCAAAGUUCUCUAAGGUCCCUUCGUAAUAGUGCUGCUAAGAAAAGAGCAAAACUGAGUGGCAGUACUUCUGAUCUUGAAAGCCCUGACUCUGCAAUUAAGCUUGAUUUAACUGUGGACUCCCCCUCUCGAUCUUCCUCUCCAAACAUCAGCUCUUACAGUGAAAGUGGUGUUUACAGCCAAGAAUCAUUAACUUCUUCUCUGUCUACAACUCCCCAGGGGAAGAGGAUAAUGUCUGACGUAUUUCCAACAUUUGGAUCAAAACCUUGUCCACCUAGACUUUCUUCUGCAAAAAAUAAAAGUUCUUCUGUAACUGAACAAAGUCCCAAUGCAGGGAUCACAACAUCCAGUGUAAGCAUAAUCGGUCAACGAAUGAACUAUGGGUUUGGAUGUGGUCAUUUGGAAAAUGAUAGGUCACAUGACAUUUCAGCUAGUGUUUCAAAAAUACAAAAUAAGGAACACCCAAGACAUUUUAAACAUACAAAAGGAUCGUCAAAUUUACAACAAAUUUCCGGGUUUGACUUUGCAUCAACAAGUACCUUACCCCAAGACUCAGUAGUAGUUGUUGGAAAAGGUGUAUUUGGAAAUCCACAUUCAGCCCCAGAAACCUGCAAUCAGUCUGUGAUAUCUUCUGCGGAAAAUGGGGAUACAUUUGCAGUUAAACAAAGUAUUGAACCACCAUCAGGGAUUUAUGGCAAAGCAGUCCAACAAAGUAUUCCACCAUAUCUUGAUGUUGAGAAUGCAAAAGAUAAUAAAGUUUCUAUUUCAAAAUCUACUUAUGAUAAGAUGAGACAAAAGAGAAAAGAAGAAAAAGAACUUUUUGAUAACAAAGAUUGUGAAAAGAAGGAACAAAAUCCUUGGGAACGGAUGAAAUACACAGUAACUGAGAAAAUGUCGUUGGAAAUUGAUACAUCUCCUGGAACCAUUGCACAAUAUAAAGAAAGGGUGCCUUCAGUCACUCACAGUCCAGAAAUAAUGGAUUCAUCAGAACUGCGGCCAUUUUCCAAACCAGAAAUAGCACUGAUAGAAGCCCUAAGGCUCUUAUCUGAUGAUGAUUGGGAGAAAAAAAUUGAGGGGCUGAAUUUUAUCAGAUGCUUAGCUGCUUUUCAUUCUGAAAUAUUGAACACAAAGUUGCAUGAAACAAGUUUUGCAGUAGUUCAAGAGGUGAAAAAUUUACGCUCUGGAGUUUCACGUGCUGCUGUGGUCUGUUUAAGUGAUCUUUUCACUUACCUGAAAAAGAGCAUGGAUCAAGAACUAGAUACUACAGUGAAAGUUUUGUUGCACAAGGCUGGAGAGUCAAAUACAUUUAUAAGAGAAGAUGUUGACAAAGCUUUGAGAGCUAUGGUCAAUAAUGUCACUCCUGCACGCGCAGUUGUUUCUCUUAUUAAUGGAGGACAAAGUCAUUUACACAUUGCAGUAAGAAGAUGUACUGCCCAGCACUUAUCAGAUGUAGUGGAAUUUAUGGAACCAGAGCGUAUUUUAUCUGGAACAAAGGAUAUGGCCGAUCGUAUAUUACCAGCAGCUGCUAAGUUUGCUCAGGACAGUUCGCAAGAAACCAGGUAUUAUGGUCGAAAGAUGCUUUUCCUCAUGAUGGGUCAUCCUAAUUUUGAUAAAAUGCUUGAAAAGUACAUCCCAUCUAAAGAUUUACCCUACAUUAAGGACUCUGUUAAAAACUUGCGGCAAAAGGGUUUGGGGGAGAUACUCCUAGAUACUCCUUCGGCAAAAGGAAGAAGAUCUCAUACUGGCUGUGUUGGAAGUACAAAAUCAUCAUCUGUUUCUAGAGAUGCUUUCAGUUCAGGUGAAAGAGAGGUAACUGAAUAUCGGGAAGUCACCAGAAAAUCAGUCCCCCGUAAUGCCUUAGAAAGUGCUGAGUACAUUAAAGUCAUAACAGGUUUAUUAAAUGCAAAAGAUUUUCGAGAUCGUAUUAAUGGGAUUAAGCAACUUUUAUCAGAUACUGAAAACAAUCAAGACCUUGUUAUUGGAAAUAUUGUGAAGAUCUUUGAUGCUUUCAAAUCUCGACUUCAUGAUUCCAAUAGUAAAGUAAAUUUGGUGGCUCUAGAAACAAUGCACAAAAUGAUUCCUUUGCUUAAAGACAACUUAUCUCCCAUAAUCAACAUGUUGAUUCCAGCAAUUGUAGAUAACAACCUGAAUUCCAAGAACCCAGGCAUCUAUACUGCUGCAACAAAUGUUAUUCAGGCCCUGAGUGAAUACGUAGACAAUUACUUACUUCUACAACCAUUUUGCACAAAAGCUCAGUUUUUAAAUGGGAAAGCGAAGCAGGAUAUGACUGAAAAGCUUGCUGAUAUUGUUAUGGAACUUUAUCAGAGGAAACCCCAUGCCAUAGAACAGAAAGUAUUGGUUGUUUUAUGGCAUCUUUUAGGGAACAUGACAAAUAGUGGCUCUCUGCCUGGAGCUGGAGGAAAUAUACGAACAGCUACAGCUAAAUUAUCUAAAGCACUUUUUGCACAGAUGGGUCAGAAUCUGUUAAUUCAGGCCACAUGUCAACCACCACAUAUCAAAAAGAAUUUAGAGGAAUUGCUUGAUAUGACUAUUUGAAAUGAAUUAUGAAUCUUUGAUGAAAUAUUUGUGAUGAACAAAAACUGUUUACAUGGUAACAAAUGAAACUUUCUGAAAGUUACAUUUUCAGUGCCUGUACCCCUCAUCCAGUAAGUUUAGUCAGUAGCUAUUUUUAUUUGCUAGAGUACACAUCUGUCCUAAAUGAACCUUACAGCUUGUACCCAUCACAUAUAAACCUAACAUUUAUGUAACCUAAAUAUUCAUGAAAUCUGAUGCACACGAAAUGAAUCCAAUUUUAAUAUUUUUAGAAAAGUUCUGCUCAUUUGCACUAUUCUGUAGUAAUCGCAUUUUGUUGCCCUACAUGUACAAUUAGAUUUGUAAUUAAAAAUAUACUUUUUAUUAUGUAAUCAUGUUCUGCUAUGUCUCAUUACUCAGCCUUAUUUUAUAAAGUGAUGGAAAAGUCAUUGAACUAUGUUAUCACAAACUAAGUUUUGUGUGCUAUUUGUGGAAAAGUUUAUUUCUGAAAUCAGUCUGCUAAUAUGAUUGUGCAGUAUUAGCUUGCUUUUGCUACUGUGUUUAUGUGAUAUAUUUGCUUACCAUUUGAAUUUAAUCAUCUACAUAAUUGUGAAUUUGACAAGUUAUAAUGAAGCAUGAUGACCAAAGUUUUAGAGAACAUUUAAACAUUUUAAAUGCACGUUUAAGAAAACGUGUUGAAUGUAAUUUCCCUAUUUUUGUGUACAAACACUAAAUUUUAUUUCUAUAUGUCCUGACAUUUAUAAAGGUGUUAUUUUGCUGCCCAGUUGUGUGAUUCUCAAAAAUAGUGCCAGGUCUUCUAUAGCUUUUCUCAGAAUUCUUGGGCUACAAGUACUGUAUGCAUCUUAAAAAAAAAAAAAAAGAAAAAAGAAAAAAAGAAAAGGAAUGUUAUAAAAUAAAAAGAUUUAUUUCUGUA